AUGGCACUGCGAAGAACUAAGACAAGUGUAGCGUGUAUCAACUGCUCAAAGUCUCAUGUUAUUUGUGAAGAACGAAGACCAUGUACUCGCUGCAUCAAGAAAGGUCUAGAGAAGUCGUGUGUUGACACACCGAGAAAACGACGCAAAUACCUGGCAGAUGUGCCAAACGAACACCUUACAGAAGGGCCGUUCAAACAGCCUCUAGAAGAAAGGCCGAAAUUUCAACGCAUAGAAAAAUCUAAAAACAUCGCACAUAAGCCUCGGUUUAUGUCGGAUGCCGUAGAUUCAGAAUACUCUAUCUUAUCGGACAUUAUACAUCAGGACGCAUUAUUAGAAAAAGUCCCCGUUGAACUACUAUAUUCGCAAAACAUCGAGCAAUCUUGUAAUGGCACGCGGUACUCAACGCCCAAUUCCAACUCGGCAUCGAGUGGUCCGUCAUUGGUAGCACCUUUGAGAGACCCUCUUGGCUAUCCCACAGCUCCUUCUGCCAACACCAUCAUGCUUGAUCAAAGAGGAAGGUAUCGGACUUUACUAGGGGAGAAAGGGCGCGAGGCCUUACAGCAAGAUGUGGAUAUACUUACAACACAUUUCCCUCUAAUUCCGUUUGAAAACCAAAAUACUCAACCCGUCAUCGACUCACACAUUGCGAACGGGAGCGUACGACAGUACUAUUUACAUCAUCAACGCUCUCUUGCUGAUAUCAUCAAUUUGUUAAAGCCCGAUGAGAAGUUUGUCUCGCUGGCGCUAGAUGUAACAUCGAAGGAGCAGCGUGCCGUGCAGAAUUUCCCUGAAAUUGCACACACACUGCGGUACGAAACCCCACUUGAAAUAUACACCCUCAUAUCUGCUCCCUUCUCGCAUACGUCCGGUUUCCAUUCGUUGCUACAAUAUCUGAGGUCUCGUUUCAGCAGAGCGGACAUUCUAGAAAUGUGUCGAUCACUUGCCGAGUUUCGUCCUAUUUUCAUCGCAAUUGCAGUAACUCUGACAGAAGAAGACAUGAUUUUCAUGGAACAAUGCUAUCAAAGAACGCUCUUGGAGUAUGAUCAAUUCAUAUCACAGAUUGGCACACCAACGUGCGUGUGGCGACGCAACGGGCAGGUGUCAUACGUUAAUGACGAAUUCACGCUUUUGACAGGAUGGUCCCGACCUGAUGUACUGUUCAAAAUGACAUUUAUCGUAGAACUCAUGGAUGACCCGAGUGUUCGUGAGUAUUUCAAGACAUUUAAGCGCGUAGCCUACCAGGAUUUCAAAGGUAGCGAACGUAUGGAAACGUGCCGAUUAUUAACACCCGUUCGGAACCAAGUAAUCAACUGUUGUUGCAUUUGGACUUUAAAACGAGACGUUUUUGGGUUACCUUUGAUGAUUAUCGGCAAUUUCAUGCCGAUAUUGAACGAAGGCAUCCAGUGA